AUGUCAGAUAGGACAACCACGAUUCCUCCGACACCUCCAUCGUCAAACGCCGCAGAUAUCCAAGAUGGUUUUGGCCAUCUGAUACAGCAUAACUCCUCCUUCCAUCAUCAAUCGAACUCAUUUGAGGGAGGAGGGAGUCAGAUGUCGCCAGCUGGAUCGCCAGAACAAGGCUUGGAUGACACGCUCUAUAGCGACGGCGGAUACCACCAAUACAGCAACGACCAAGAGAUCUACCAACAUGGCCUGUCGCCAAACAACAUUGCAGUUGGACCUGGAUAUGAAGAUUUGCAGUUGCAGUAUGACAUGAAGCAAGAGAACUCUCGCUAUGCGCCGGUGCCAGAUGAUGCACAACUCUACGGAUAUGGGAGCCAUGAAGCCUCUCCAGCGCCAUCGGCAAUGUCUCCUCCACCAAACGUGAGGCGCACCAGAAGUGGACAGGCUAUUAACCGAGCGAUCCAACAGCUGAAGCCAUCGCCAAAGCCGAUUGCUCGGGCGACAUCGCCAAAGCCAAAGGCCAAGAAGGUCAAGAAGGAGAAGAAAGUCAAGGCGGAGAAUAAAAUCGCCAGAUUGGAACAGCCACUGAGCGUACUGACGAGGGAGUGGACACACGUGCCAGUAGUGGAUAUUGACGCGUACGUGAACCGAUCAGCAGAGAUCAGGCGGCAGGAAGUUGAGGAGGGGAAGAACCCGGGAAAAGUCAAGAGACCGAUGAACUCUUUUAUGUUGUACCGGAAAGCAUACCAAAACCGAACGAAGAACUGGUGUCUGCAAAACAACCACCAAGUCGUCUCCCAAGUAUGUGGCGACAGUUGGCCGCUGGAGCCAGACGAUGUCCGCGCACAAUUCAACGAAUGGGCUAGAAUCGAGCGACAGAACCACCAAAAUGCCCACCCAGGAUACAAGUUCUCGCCCGCGAAAGCCGGGACAGCCAAGGCGCCGAAGAGAAAGGCCUCGGUGUCGGAUGAAGAAUCAGGGCUCGAGGAAUUCGAUUGGAAGGACGGUCGCAGCAACGCCAAGGGGCCGAAGCGCCAGAGAUUGACCCCCAAACCAAGUCACACUCCUCCUGCAAAAUUCCAAAAUCAGCCGUACUAUGGAUUCGAUAUCGAUUCGAGAGGCAGUAGCAUGGAGCCGGGGAUGGGUAGCAAUUUUCCAAGUUCAGCGUACCACGCAUCCAACCCAGGAAGGCACGUGCCAGAGCCGUACAGGUCGAAUAUCCCCGACGGACAGUACUGGCAGCAAGAGGUCGUGCCGAACAUGCAAAACCCUAAUAUCCAUGAUGUGAUGUUGAGAAGGACAAGGGGCCCUGGCAUGAAUGCUGCACCGCAUCCAGGCUACCAGCAAGAGUAUUACCCACCCAAUGGCGCCAUGAAUGGCGGAAUUCCUCAGCAUUCCUUCAAUGAACACAAUGGAGCCAUGAAUGGUGGAACCCCUCAGCAUUCCUUUAAUGGAUACCAAGACGAGCCAGAGAACAAGAUUGACCCUUCGCUCAUGGGCCAUGACCAGCCCUAUGACGACUUAUACAGCGCCGAUGAUAAUGAAGUAUUCUUGGAUAAUAACGCGUUCAUGUUCAACCAACAAUACUAUCAGCAACCACUCGGAAUCGCUGAUGGAGGCCAGCAGCAGCAGCAGCUAGCAAUUGUCGACGGAAAUCAGCAACCUCUGCAGCAAUCACUGGAAAUAGUCACAGAUGGAGUGAAACAGGAGUACCCAGAGUACCCUGAUUAUCCAGGAUCGCAAACUGGUAUUCCUGAUACACCAAUCCUAAACCAGCAGCUGGAUGAUCCGAACAGCCAAGACGUGUGGCAUAUUGUCGAUAGCUUGGAUACCGGAGACGAGUUCAAUAAGUGGAUGGGCCCAGAAUUGGGGCAAGAAAACUGA